CCCUCUCCAGUAUACCGGUGAGUUCAUCCCCCCCUCACGUGGAUCGGGCCUGGCUCUCUCUCUCUCCCCCUGUGACUGUACUUGUAGUGUCUCAGUCUAUCUGCGCAAGCUCUCUGGAUUCCAUAAUAUAUAUACACACUAAAAUAAGCUGCUGUUAUACAGAGCAAUAUAUUUACUAGAGAUAUUGCACAGACGCAUAUAUACAGCUGUCCUUACACAACAUAUACAGCGACGUCAACAUACGCCAACGUCACAGCAACUGUCAUGCCAAAUUACAUCCCCUAAAGAAUAGAAUAAUGUCGCUAGCAAGUGAGGAUAUCUGGCAAAAAUUUGAUCUGGCAAAGUCCGAGUUUAUUAAAAUGGAACAAGAAGAAAUGAACACCGUGACAAACAAUAUUUAUCAGAUGAUGAAACCAACAAAAUCAACGGAUAGUUUAGUUCCAGACAUAGAUAUGUUGGCCUUCCCCAGUAACCUCGACGUGGACAUCAAUAUGGACGGCGGGAUUGACAUGGACUUCGAUAGUUUGUUAGAGGAUAUUCUUGGUUUUCAAGAUAAACCACUCCGACACGACUGCAUGUGGUCCGGAGAUAUGUCAGCCAAUGACGAGAAAUCUUUGAUGCUUCUUAACACUAACUCCGAACCUAAAAACAAACCGGAUAUCGCUCCUAGUACGAGUAUGAACCUUGGAAGUUUAACCAAGGACCUGGAUUGUUUUGAUACACCGCUGUCGUCGGAAACCAGCGACCUGGACGAAACUUCAAGUGAUAUCGAUGGCGAGGUUGAGGUUGGAACCAUCAACUCCAGGUUACAGGGUGUAAAGGAUACCUUGAAAUCUAACCAGGACAUUACCUACUCUGACCACUGUUAUAUCGCCACUUCGAAGAAGAGAGAUGUUAUAAAGACCCGCGAAGAAUCGUCCGACGAUGACGAUUCAAAUUCCAGUCAACAUAUAAAUCCAUCGAAUACCUUCCGAAUACCCAACCACCCGGUCCGAGUCAGCCCAAUACAUACUAAACCCGUGAACAAACCAAAGUUUAAAUUUCAUAUGAAGUUUAAAUCGACGAGUUUGCAAAACUCUAGAUCAUUGCUUCGGCGGCCAAGACUCCAGUAUCCUCGUCAAAGUGGAUUCAAGCUUCCUGUUCUGCCUAACAAAUCAAAAUCUAUUCAAAUAAGUCAGACCCGGGUGUCGAAGGAAGAAGACCGGAAGUGGAUGGAGGCCAACCGGAUGUUGUCAAAAAACGACGGGAAACCACGUGACGUAAGAGAUCUUCAUAACUCGUUAGAACGACAGCGACGAAUUGACCUUAAGAACGCGUUUGACAGGCUCAAAAGUUCUGUCCCCGACUUGGCGGUCUGCGACAAAGCGUCAAAACUUCAGAUCCUCAUAAAGUCGGCAAACUACUGCCAGCGACUGGUCUCAGUCGAGGCGAAGCUCAUACGUGACCUCGACACCCAGAGAUCACGACAUCAGACUCUGUCUAAAAAAUUAAAAAUGAUGAGAAGUCGGAAAUGAACAUUCAAUAGACAAUCUUUGGUUGAAUAGAACAGUAGAUACAAGAGGAAUCAUUGGCUUUAAAAGCGGAUUUUUUAGAUGAAAUUAUGCAGAGAAAAAUUACAUUUACGGUUUAUAUACAUAUAUAUUAGGAGUACAGAGUGAAGUCCUGGACUUAAAAAAUACAUAGUUGUGCCUUGAAGCGCUUACAACCGCUUAGUUUAAGGGAUGUUUUCAGCUCCGGGUUUUCUAGACUAGAAUUAUUCGGUGCUAAACAUGUGAAUAUUUUCAGAAAAAUGAGCUUCUCGUAUAUUUGGUCCGGUUUCAUAACCAUAGGGUUUCUCAUUUUAUAUUAUCUCGGCGCAAGGUUUUAUUUUUAGGUUUUUUCCCCAAAGAUUGAUUUUUGUUCAAAGUUAAAUUCUAGUUUGCGCGUAAGAAUUUUUUCUUUUUUUAUUGUAUUCUGAAAAGAAUCUGAGUUAGCAACUAACUGUUUUAUAAUUCUGUAAGGUUUUUCUAACUUUAAUAUUUACGGUAUUUAAAGGUUUUGUGUGAAAGAGAUUUGUAUUACUAAGUUUGCCUGUAUGUAUUUUACACUGUAGGUUUAAGUUCCUUUAGUUACGAAAAUUAAAUGUAAUCAAUUAAUAUGCCAAUUAAAAAUACCAGCACCACUCCCCACCAUUUCUUAAUGAAGGGGGAUUGGGAUCUGCAAAUUAAUUGAUUACCUUCUUUUGAUCUCAGUAGUUUACAUUUUGUAUCAUUUAGUAAGUACACUUUGCAGUGUACUGCAUUAUGUACUUUUUUACUGUUGAGUGUAUCACUUGUCAAUUCAUGUACAGUACAACUAAAUGUGUACUUUACAGUACAACUAAAUGUGUACUUUACAGUACAACUAAAUGUGUACUACAUAUAGAUUUAAGCACACUAUACAUUGUACAACACAUUUUAUGCACACAAAUACACAAAUAGGAUUUUUAGAAA